AUGGCGACUCCAAAGCUGCGCAAGACACGGAUUGUCUGCAUCUCCGACACCCACAACUGCAACAUCAAGCUCCCAGCCGGCGAUGUUUUGAUCCAUGCCGGAGACCUCACCAACAAAGGAAGCAUCUCAGAGGUAAGCUGUCCGUCCCUCGCUUCCGUUUUUGGCGGGUGCUUGGUUGGUCUCGCAUCUCCAACGCCCUUGACGUCACGCUUCUGUGCGACGACUAACUGGCCGUGUUUGAAAAUCGUGAAGCUCUCCAGGGCAGUGAAAUGGCUCGAAGAGGCGGACUUUGAAGCCAAGAUUAUCGUGGCAGGCAACCACGAUGUCACCUUGGAUGAAGACUUUUACUUUCAUCAUGGCGACUCCUUUCACAACAAGGUCAAGCAAAAUCCGGCAGAUUGCAUCAACCUGCUCGCUUCAUCGCCAUCCCUCACGUAUCUCUGCCACGACUCGGCAACAAUCCGUCUCAAAUCACCAACGGGGCCGCACACCGAGUUUACCAUCUUUGGCUCCCCGUACUCUCCUCGCAACGGACUAUGGGCCUUUUACUAUGAAGCCCCGAAAGACCAUGACGAUGGCAGUGCUGCUGACCUCACCUCGUUGUGGGAGCUCAUUCCGCUCGAGACGGACAUUGUGGUGACGCACACGCCGCCACGCACGCAUUGCGAUCAGCCAGAUGGGCAACGAUCCGCUGGUUGUGAGGCCCUGCGACAGGCUCUCUGGAGAGUCAGACCCAAGCUAGCAGUCUGCGGUCAUAUUCACGACGGGCGGGGGGCGGAGCGGGUGCUCUGGGACCUCAAAAACAAAGCCACGCCCUACGCAGAGAGGGCCGCCAUGGCAUGGAAGGAUCCCGGCGCAAGCAACAACAAGAUCAGCUUGGUCGACCUCACCGGCAAGGCAGGCAAGAUGCCGGCCCUCGCAAACGACGGCUCACAUCCAGGCCGGCCCAGCUAUCAAGACAGCCAACAGACGGCCACCACGACAUUUGCGCCCGCGGGGACAUGUUUGGAUGCAUCAUCAGAGCAAGGCUCCAGCGUCGCUGCCCAAAAGAGAGGCGGUCACGACAGCAACGAUGACGGCGUGGGCUAUGGGGGCAAUCCGGAGUCUGAGGAUUGCGACUAUGAGGCAUUGGCGGGGAGAACCGGCCGCAAGGAGACGUGCGUCGUGAAUGCUGCGAUUAUGAAGGGCAGCUAUCCGCAUUCCGAGGGGAAGCUGUUUAGCAAGCCCAUUGUGGUCGACGUGUUCCUGCCGCCGGAAUACUCCCCAAGUAACCCGAUCUACACGCCGGUACCUCAGAAAGCCAUUGACGAAACGUCCCGGCGUCCCAUGAUCGAUAACAGCACAUCCAGAGUCGCCCGGCACUUGAAGCUAGCCAGCCUCAAGAAGUUUGACGAUGAGCGAAUCGGCCAGCACAUCCCCAUCCCCCCCCCCCCCCCCAUUCUACACUACCGUCGUAGCUCCGACGCAGGGCCAGCGCAUUAA